AUGGCCAGUCAAUGGGAACGGCCAUCUCCUUGUCCGAGAAUCAUUAUCGACAGCGGAACGGGCUUUCUGAAAGCGGGUCUCAGCGGACCUGAAGCUCUCCCAACAGUAAUUACGCCUUCUAUCGACGACAUUUGGUUACGCCACUUUUGGGUUGACGAAUCACCGUCGUACUUUGAGCGAGAGAAAAUAGAGUCUAUCCUGUGGAAGUUUGCUCUCACCACACUCAAUGUAGAUAUAACACAAUACGAGGUCAUACUUACUGAAAGUGAGUUGAAUGUUGGUAAAGACCGCGCAACGAUGGCACAAAUUAUAUUCGAAGAAUAUGGUGCGCCGGGAUUGUAUAUCGGCAACGAAUCGGCUCUUUCUCUAUACGCGUGUUUGCAUAAAACAGGCGUGGUUGUUAACUGCGGACACCUUGUUACUACAAUUGCAAUGUUCUACAGAGAUCAACUAAUAACGAACAAGAUACUAAACUAUGACGGUCGAGAUGUGACCAUGCGUUUACUAUCAGAUUUAGUCAAAAGUGGCUACGACAAGCUGAACCCUCAAAACCCGGCUCACGUCACCGAAGUGCAAAAGAUAAAAGAAAAAGUAGCGUGCGUGAGUUGCAAAUACGACGAAGACGUGCGCUUUCCAGAUCGAAUGGAUUCAAUUCCGGUUCCCUGUGAAGUGGUCAAAGAUAACGUAAGAAAUGAUAUUUUCUAA